AUGAACAAGGAGUCCUCAAAGUCGGAGGAAGACUCAGUAAUUCUGAAUCCCGUAAUUGUAUCUGGUAAAAGUUACUUCGCUACAUUGUUAAUCCGUCAUUUCCAUGAGAGGGUUAAGCACCAAGGCAGGCACUUUACAGAAGGUGCCAUUAGAGCUGGUGGGUUCUGGAUCGUAGGUGGAAAACACAAGAUUUCUUCCUACAUCUUUGGUUGUUUUCAGUGUCGCAAACUUCGUGGCAAGCAGCAGAGUCAGAUUAUGGCACCUCUCCCAGCAUAUCGAUUAACUUAUGCCCAGCCAUUCUCAUACGUUGAUGUAGAUGUUUUUGGCCCCUGGUCUGUAGUCACACGUCGCACUAGAGGUGGUCAAGCCUCCGGUAAACGUUGGGCUGUCUUGUUUACGUGUUUGACCAUACGAGCUGUACACAUUGAAUUAAUUGAAGAAAUGAGUUCUAGCGCGUUCAUAAACGCCCUGAGACGCUUUGUAGCCAUUAGAGGUAAUGUGACAGAAUUCAGGUCUGAUAGGGGUACUAAAUUUGUCGGAGCAACAGAUGAUUUGGGUGUAGACAUACCAUAA